AUGUUCAGCAGGAAAGCUGCCCAGCAAAUAACUGCAAGUGCUGAGAAGAAGGUUUCUAACGUGGUAAAUUUACUGGACAUGAAGCGAAGUAUGAACAUGAACAUAUGGCUGAAACAGUUCAGGACUAGCAACGAGGCCAUCAUAGAGAUGAUCGAGAAGGCUGACCAAAAGAAAAGUGAAAAACUGAAAGGUCUCAUAAAACUAUUACCCGACCGAGCAGAGAUAGAUCUGCUUACGAAUUUUGACGGUGAUCAAAGCACGCUAGGUAACGCAGAGAAGAUCAUAAAGCAGUUGUCACAAUUGAAUGAUUAUGCUUUGAGGCUUAAUCUCAUGUUGAUCAAAUUGGAGUACAGGAUAACUUACAAUUCUAUCCACGAAAGACAAGAAGCUUUCCUCACCAUGUGCCACAACAUCUUGGAAUGCGAAUCUUUGAAAAAGUUUUUCAGAGUUGUCCUCCAGUACGAGAACUUCUUGAAUGUGGGAAGUUACGCUGGGAAUGCACUGGCCUUCAAAAUUUCAUCACUGCCAAAAUUGUCGGACACUCAAGGUAAUCAAAGAGAAAUAGCAUUGCUCCAUUUUUUGGUACUCCAAUGCUUUGGAUUUUGCCGACAAUCUCUACGAGAACUUGCUCUUUUCUUCAAAGUUAUCGACAGAUGGAUUGAGUUCUGA